GCUUCCAAUUGGCCUGCGUGGGGCGGCCGGGUCGGUUGCUCUGCUCGCAGAUCUCGCAAUGGCAGAGCCGCGGAUGCUCGCGGGGAGGCGAGAACAGGCAGCGAGUUGGGCGCGUGGCCAUGCGCGGCCGCCUAUGGCUGGGCCUGGUGUGGCUUUUGCUGGCACGGGCGCCCGGCGCCGCGGGGACACCAAACACUCCGCGGAGACCGCGCAGCUACCCGCACCUGGAGGGCGACGUGCGUUGGCGGCGUCUCUUCUCUUCCACCCACUUCUUCCUGCUCGUGGACCCCAGCGGCCGCGUGCAAGGCACCCGCUGGCGCGACAACCCUGACAGCGUCCUGGAGAUCCGAUCCAUCCGUGUGGGCGUCGUGGUGCUCAAGGCGGUGCACAGUGGCUUCUACGUGGCCAUGAACCGCCUUGGCAGACUCUAUGGGUCGCGGUUCUGCGCUGCGCACUGCAGGUUCCGGGAACGCAUCGAGGAGAACGGCUACAACACCUACGCGUCAGUCCGCUGGCGCCACCAAGGCCGGCCUAUGUUCCUGGCUCUGGACGGUCGGGGCGCCCCGAGGCUCGGGGGCCGCACACAGCGACACCACCCGUCCACGCUCUUCCUGCCAGUCCUGGUCUCCUGAGUCCCAGGGUCAGUGACGCCUGGUCCGAGAUUCCGGGAGACGCGUGAGGCUGGGGAAGGCGGGGUUUGGGGCGAGCCCGUGUCCAGUUACUCACUGGUUUCACCUGCAUUGAGCACCUGCUCUGCUGGGCACAGGGAACACCACCAGACCCCACAGAUGUGGCCCCGCGCUCAGAGAGACUGAGUUGGAGGGGAGGUGGACAGUGAGCUGAGCAGGGGCGUAAGGAAUCCAGCCACAAGCUGGGGGCCAGGGAGGCUUCAACAAAGGCACCAGUCAGGCUGGAGACGGGGAGGCAAACAUGCCGGGGUGGGAACCUACUGGGGUGUUUGAGGCAGCAAGGAGGUGGGGAGGCUGGGGGCUGGGGUACACUGAUGCCAUGGACUGGCAGGGCCUGGUCCCAGGGCUCAUGGACAUGUCACCUCAUGGGGCAUAGGGGACUUUGCAGGUGGGAUUAAGGUCCCUAAGAUGGGGACAACCCUGGAUCCUCCGGGGGGCCCCAGUGUCAUCACAGGGUCCUUAUAAGAGGGAGGUGGGGGGGUCAGAGGCAGAGAGACAGGAGAUGCUGCGCUGCUGGCUGUGAGGAUGGAGGGAGGGGCUGUGAGCCAGGGAUGUGGCACCUCUAGAAACUGGAAAAGUGGGGAGUCGGUACUCCCCUGGAGCUUCGGGAGGGACUAGCCCUGCCCACGCCUGGAUUUAGCCUUCUAAGACCCAAAUUGUGACCCCAAGACUGAAGUUGAUAAACGUGUUGUUUUAAGCCA